ACAAUAUAAUCAGAUUUCAGUGCAAGACACACAUGAUUCAUGACGAUUAACGUAAACGAGAGUUACUUACGCAGGAACUUAGUGUAUUGAAGAUAACGAUCGAAGACAAAUACAUCAGAAAGCAUCAAAGAAUAGAGUUAAAUGCGUAUACAAGGGACACAUUUUAUAGGUACAUAGUGUGACCACCUACGUGGAAUGUCAUUGAAGUUCCAGAUCAGGAAACUAUGCGCUUUCCAUCUUUGGAGAUGGUAUGUCAUGGUCCAGAAGUGUUGCAUCUCGGGAUCAUAGUGUUCCAACUAGACUGCUUUUGCAGUGUGUAUUAAUUUUAUGCACUGCAGCUAAUUUCAGUGAUCGAAUAAGCCAUAUGGCAUUCGAUCACUAUCUUUUAAACUUUCAUUUCAUUCAGUCGCUGAAUGGGUCUUAUGUCUUGAGAAGAAGAUGAACAUUUCAGGUUUUAUUGAAAUAGAGGUAAAUCUAAAGGAUUUAUUAUCUGAGAUAAUUACCUUUGCUUUGAUACAUUUUUUGUUUCAUAUCGAAGUUAUGUGAAUUGGCGCGAGUUCAUGCUGCUGUUCUGUUUUUUAUUAUUUCAUGAUCUUUGGUGCCUCUUUAGUGAUGCAAAUCAAAUAAAAGGAUCCCUCUUGAAGAUUGAGAACUCUCUGUCGUUGAUUCUUCAUGGUGGUUUGAUUGAAUCAUAAUACAUGUUUUCCGUUGUUGGGUCAUCAAACAGGACUUCUUACUAACUUCCUUAUAUUUUUUAAACUUUGUGUACUUCCCAUAGGGUUUCAGGUCUUGUUAGUUUUCUCGAAUUUUUUUCUACUUUAUUGUUCCUCCUUCUUUAACCUAAAUAAAGUUAUCGUAAUGAGAAAGCUGUCGUCUCCUGCGAUUUAUUCCAUUGGAGCAAAUGUGCUAUCCAAGCGAUUCGUUGAAAUGAAUCCUAGCCAACUGAAAUUCAACCCUCCACCAAAGGAUGAGAAACAUGCGACACUCAAUGGUGUAAAAACAAACUAUUAUCAGGCCAUCAACGGAGCUCUCGACCAUGCUCUUGGAGACAGUAAAACGGUACUGCUGGGUGAGGAUGUUGCCUUUGGUGGGGUGUUUCGCUGUUCAGUUGGUCUCCUUGAAAAGUAUGGGCCGAAGCGUGUGUUUAACUCCCCGCUUUCAGAACAGGGGAUUGUGGGAUUUUCAAUCGGCAUGGCUGCUAUGGGGUGGAGGCCAAUUGCUGAAGUGCAAUUCGCUGACUACAUUUUUCCUGCGUUCGACCAGCUUGUCAAUGAGGCAGCAAAAUAUCGCUUUCGAUCGGGUGGAGUUUACUAUUGUCCGAUCGUGAUUCGCGCGCCAUGCUCGGCAGUUGGCCAUGGUGGGGCCUACCACUCACAGAGUGUCGAAGGAUUUUUUACACAUUGUGCGGGUUUGAAGGUGGUCAUGCCCAGCACACCGUCGGAGGCAAAGGGAUUAUUGCUAAGGUGCUGGAAAGAUAAUGACCCAUGCCUGUUUUUCGAGCCUAAAAUCCUAUACCGAAGCGCAUUCGAAGACGUUAACCCAGAUUACUACGACCUUCCCCUUGGUAAGGGGCGUGUUCUGUUGGAGGGGAAAGACGUGACGAUCAUCACCUAUGGCUCGCAGGUUUACCGUGCUGUACAUGCGGCGAAGAUGGCACAGGAGGAAGGCAUAUCAGUAGAGCUGAUAGACUUACGCAGCUUAAUACCAUGGGAUCGUGACUUGGUUGUCGCAUCUGUUAAAAAAACACGAAGGGCCAUUGUGACACACGAGGCGCAGCUGACAUCUGGUUAUGGUGCAGAACUCGUGUCGUGCAUUGCUGAGGAUUGCUUCUUAUCCUUGGAAGCACCACCUAAACGUGUGUGCGGCCUAGACACACCAGUCCCUCUUCACGAGCGACUUUACCUCCCUAACGAGUUCAAGUUGUACGAUGCAAUAAAGGAAAUAGUGAAAUUUUAG